GGGCUUGCUCCCAAUAAACCCCCCCCCCCUUGGCUGGUUAGGAACCCCGUAAUCUUUAGAAAAAUUGUAUUAAUUUUCUUCGUCAUCAUGCAAAGAUAAUAUCUAGUUUUGUAAGUCAUUUAUAAUUCCUUUGAGAUAUUGAGACAAACCAAAAGCUUACGUAUUCGAAGUUUUACAAAACAGAGCGAUAGACUUCUGACAUUUGGGGUUUCUGGGACAUUUGUAAUUAGGGCCAGCGGUUUACAAACAUGAAAAAAUAUAACAAAAGAUUUGUGAAGGAAACAAAAGAUAAAUACGACGAUAUAUAAAACAACCGUGAAACAUUAACUUGUUUUCAUGAUUAGUGAUUACAUCAUGAUGGUGAAAUUAACUUCAAUAUAUAGUCAAAACAGAAUAUCGUUAUUUGUAUACAUCUACCUAUCAUUGAAAUAUUCCGUGUGAAAUAAACUGAAUUUAGUUUCAAAUCAAAACCACCAUGGCGAACUCAAGUCUUGGGACGAAAAUAAACUCGAAUUGUAGGCAAUCAUUGAAACCCGAUUUGUCAUUAAAAGAAUUUAACUUGUUCGAUGGGAAGAACAAUGAAAGUUAUCUUAAAGAUAUCAGGAUAGUUUCAGGAAAAUUUCAUCGGGAAUAUCGCGAUAAUGGAAAGAAUAAGUCGGAAACUGCCAAAACAAGAAAUGGUUAUGAUGAAAUGAUGACAAACGGAAAAUCUUGUAUACUUUGUGGUGUAAUGUUUACUACUUUAAAAGAUCAGCGAAGCCAUUUUAAGCUGGACUGGCAUAAAUAUAACAUUAAACAAAGGUUACUACAGAGAAAGCCUGUCAAACAGGAGGAAUUUGAAGAAAUUGUUUCAGGUGACCUUUCAAGUAUCUCUGGCUCAGACUCAGAUUCAAGUGAUGAUGAUGAUGAUUUGCUUGUCACUCUUGAUGAAUUGAGUGAGCCAUUAAUGAAUUUGAACUUAAUGAUGCAGGAAAAUGAAGAGAAUUGUAGAACAAAUCUGAUUAACAAAGCUGAUCCUAAAGUUUAUUUUGUGAAUGAGAAAGGAAUACAGAUGUCAUUAUAUCGAGCUGUUAUUUCAGGAACAAAGGAAAUCUUAUCUAUUGAGACCAUUGCUUCAAGGAUUAAAAAUUUAGCCAAUGAAAGAAUGUGGAUGAUUUUAAUGACAGGCGGAGGUCAUUUUGCAGGUGCAGUAUUUUCAGGCAAAGAUGUAAUCGUCAGUAAAACGUUUCAUCGUUACACAGUUCGAGCAAAACGAGGAACAUCACAAACAAUGAAAGAUAAUAAACAAGGAGGACAUGCACCAAGAUCAGCUGGCGCAAGUUUAAGACGCUACAAUGAAGCUGCUUUAGUUCAAGAUAUUCAGAACCUUCUACAUUCAUGGAACGAGUACGUAAAUAAAUGCAGCAAAAUUUUUAUGAGAGUUCCAAAUAAUUACAAAUGGAUCUUUGUUGCUGGCAAGAAACCUCCAUUUGAGAAAGACGAUAAUCGCUUAAGAACAAUUCCUUUCCCCACAAGACGUGCUACGUUUAAAGAGCUUAACAAUGUUCACAAAAAACUGUCUACGGUAUCUGUAGUGUUAGAUAGUAACCAAACAAUUGUCGAUGACGCGUCAAACCAAGAAACUGAAAAGUCCGAUGGUUUAGAUUUUUUAACGCAAUCAGAAGAAUCCAAAUGUGAUAAUAAAGAAAUUUUUGUUGAUGUUCAUGAAAUACCAAACAACGAUUUAAAAGAUUUGGAUAAAUCUAGUGACAAGGAAAUACUUCAAGUGUCAAAGAAGAAAAAAGCGAAGCAGGGAAAGAAAAUCAAAGUUGAGAAAGAGAUAAAAAAUAAUUCUUGUGACAAUCAAGAAAACAGCAAAAACAUGAUACAUAUUCCAGCAAUAUGGAUGGAGUUAUAUGAAGCAGUCAAUUCUGGUAAAAAAGAUGAUACUCUAAGAAUUUUAAUGACAUGCAACGAAUUGUAUAAUAAUGAAAUGGUUUCGUCUAAAGAUAAAGGCAAUCUAGUUGAUGAAAAACAAUCUUUUACAUUCACGAAUAAGGAAACAUUCAAUGUGAACAAUAAUAAAGAAGGAAAUGAAGGAUCUAAUUUUGACAGAAGUCUUUAUGAAAAUGAGCGCAAUGAUCUUCUAAAUCAAAACUUUCAAAACGAAACAGUUCUACACGUGGCCUCAAGACUUGGUGAAACUGAAAUAUUGAAGAUUCUGUUAGAUAAUGGUGCCAAUCCUACUGUAAAGAAUGCCAAAGGUCGUGUUCCAUAUGAUGUUGCUACCAACAAAGAAACAAGAAAUGUAUUUCGGCGAUUUAUGGCUGUGUACCCAGAGAAAUAUGAUUAUAACGAGGCUAGGAUUCCUAGUGCCUUAACGAGUGAGAUGGAAGAAAGGGAACGUCAAAAGAUUGCUGACAAAAAGAAGGCUCAAUCCAAAGCGCGAAAGCAACGUUUAAAAGAAAAGAAAGCUGAAGAGAAACAGAGAAAAGAAGAAGAAAUAGAAAAAGAAAAAGAAGAAAGCGAAAAGAAAUGGUUUCAACAAUUAUCUGAAAGAGAAAAGAGGGCUGUUGCUGCUGAACGAAGAUUAGGAACCAUUUGUUUCAGCUGUUGUCGGAGUCUGCAAGGUCUGGUUCCAUUUGAAAGACUGUCAUAUAAAUACUGCAGUACUGAAUGUGUAAAACAACAUCGUCUAAUUAUGCAGACUGCUGUAAAAUAAAGUUCCACUUUGGUUACAUACAUUAAAGUCGUACAACAGUAUUUCAAUAAAGUAUAAUUUCUGGUCAUGUCUACAA